AUGCACAAUUAUCAAGACUAUUCGUCGAAUGAAUCCCCUUUGAGUCCACCAGUUGUUACACAGAUUACAUCAUCUAAUGUUGUUACAACGACAACAACACUAACAACAACGGCGGUAACUGGGACUAUAAACACACCUUCGAAAAGUAGAUUGGAUCGAAAACCAACUAGAGAAUUAUCGCUACAAUAUCCAGGAAUAAAUCCAAAUGUGUUGUCAACCACUGCUACUACUACUCCUGGAACAGAUUUGCAUAAAAAUGAUUCCGUGACGGUGAAUUUUCUGGUGACUAGUGGAGAUACCACUACUACUACUACUACUCCCACGCUUACUGGAAAUAUUAGUAGUACUAGUAGUGGUCAGCAGACCAUUGAAUUCCCUAAAUCCUCUCUUAUUGGUAUAUCACCGAAAAUUUCUGAGUAUAUCUUACCAAAACCGAAGCGGCCUUCAUUAAUACGUAGAAAAGCGAAUAUCACAGAUACAGAUGCUUUCGAUGUUGUUAACAAUUCAGCAGAUGAACAAACUCAAACUGUAUUAUCCCCCUCGACAACAUCAUUAUCAUCAUCAGCAGCACUAUCCUCAACAUCGAAAAAGACUGAUACUGCAAGAUAUCUUAUGAAUGAAACAGGUAUUGAAUGCAGUAAUAAAGCGAAAUCAUCAACGCAAGAAAAAAUAUGUCCACCGCUUCACCCGUGUCCUUCAUCCUCUCCAGUAUCUCCACUGGGAUAUAAUCUACAUCAUGAUUCUCUAGAUCAUUCACCUGGGAGUAAAAGUCGAGAGAAUAUCAACAACACCCCAUCAAGCAUUCCUGUGACAAGCAGCACUACAACAAACAGACAUAAAUCGAAAGAUAAUGAAACUUGUACAUCAAAAACUGUAGUGAAAUCAGCAUCAAUUUCACCAUCGAAAAAGAAUCGUUUAAAGCAUCAAAUCUCACAGCCAAUGAAUACACGGAAUCGUACAUCACGUAAACUCAGUACAUCCUUAUAUUGUAAUUCAGAUACAAGUUUUUUAUCUAUGCUAGCAGCAAGUCGUCCAUCCGCUGCUAAAGGUCUAUUGGGUGUAGCAAGUGCAGCAUUAGCAGCGGCUAGAGCUGGUACCUUUUUAAAUACAAAUGAAACACUUAGCACGCCUAGUAAGCUGGAUAAUAAUAGUAAUAAUGCAAGAAGUUCACAUUCUGCUGAAAGAAGUCAACAACAACACACUUAUUGCCAUUAUCAUCGUUACCAUCAUCCUGAUAAUAAUCAUCAAAUAGGAUGUGUCUACUGUUCUAGUUGUCCACUGAAACCGUCUCUUCACCACAGACAAACAUUAUCAUCAUCGGGUAAAAUGAAUUGGUUAGGUGAACAGCUAUUGUUACACGGGUAUAAGACAAGACGAUUCUCUGAUCCUGAUCUUAAUGUCACCGAUGAAUGCAUAGAUACAGCUUAUUUAAAAUUAUUAAUUUAUUUAACGCAUAAAUCACCACAUGCAUUUUUUGAAGAAGAUCACUUCCACUAUUGCCCUGAACAGUUGUUAACUGAGAAUUAUAUCCAGAAUAAUCGUAAAGCCUCUUUACAUGAUGUAAUACCGACAACAACUGGAAUACCACCUGUCAUUGGCUCAGAGAUGCCAAUUGAUGAUCUGACUAAUUUUAAUACUGGAAUUUAUACAAGUCUGAUGGAUUUAAAUGCAGCAAAUCUUUUAUCACCAGGUAAUGAUUUAAGCGAAAUAAAUCAUUCAUAUUCUGAUUUCUUAGAGGCAAAAGAGCAUUCAAAUGUAUGCGCCUGUUGUCGACCAGGCAUAUCUCAUCAUGACUUGGACAAUAGUAAUAAUAAUAAUCUACUGUCGACACAGUCCUAUCAACAUCCACAGCAUCAUUCGCCAUCAAUUCAACAGCAGAAACCAGCUGGAUUGAAUAAACAUGAAAUAAACAUAAAAUCUGGUUUGUCGAAAGGAAACACUGGGCAGACAGUUCCUGUUGGUUUCACACCACAUGUUAGUAAGCCAAGACGUGCUGGACUCGAUGCAAUCGGAUUAGAUUUUAUGCGUGCCAAUGGUGCAAGACCAGGUAGGCUUAUAUCUGUGUUAUUCUGCUUCUAA